AUGUUUCCUAAUUCCGGUUAUCGUGGUCAUCGUCCUAACGUGAAUCACUCAGGAUAUACACAUUUACCUCCUGAUGGACUUUUGCGGCAGAAUCCGUAUCCUGACCACGUUUACAAUGGCACGUUUGGUUCACAAAUGCCCGAGUUACAUUGGCAUCCAGAAGUGUUUCAAUGGGAUUUACCGUAUCACCCUUCAAACUGGUCACCUCAAGUAGAUGCUACACGUCCGCCGUAUGGGCCUAAUCAAUCAUAUGGACAAAAUUUAAAUUUCGUCCCCCCACAUCGUCCUCGAUCACAACAGUUUGUGGGCCGCUAUCCGUCUCAUGGUCAGCGUGCACCAUUUUCGAGGCAAAGGGCCCCUUUUCACUCCAAUCAUCGGGGACAUUUUGAUCCCAUCCAUCCUUCCAGAGGAGCUUCUGGUUCUUUCUAUCGCGCGCCGGUUUCCCAAACAAACACUGUUUCAACUUCUUCACGUCGUGCGAAUGCUGGUGUUAUGCCAAGAUCCGGACGGGGUAGGCGAUUUCGCGGUAACCCAGGUACUGCUACACCGACUACUCAAUCUUCUGCAAGGAAUAAAGCAGAGAUCACUGAGUCACCUACGCGGUCCGAUACACCGGAUACAACUAGUACAGAGCAUCAGUUCCACGAUGCGGCUGUCGUACAGACCGCGGAAGAGGAACAUUCUAAUCUACGCGGUGAGUCCAAGUUUCCGUAA